UCUGACAAAUCUUCGUGACAUCUCACAAGAUAUUCGAAAACGUCAGAGAUGAAUUAUGUGCAUGAUAUAUAAAUUAUUUUAAAUAAUUGUCGAAAUCCUUCAGAAGAGUUCGUUCUUAUUAGUUUCAUAGUUAACAUGCCAAUUGGUACCACAGGACAAAUCAUAAAAGUUGUUCUCAUUGUCAUCUUGAUCAUUUUAUUGGUAAUCGAAUUCUUCACACUCUUCGUGGGAUUGGCUUUUGUUAUCCUUCCUGGAGUCAAAAAAACCCUUGUUCACUAUGGAUUAUUCAUGGUGAUAGUGGCUGGAUUACUCAUUUGUCUUGCAUUUGUUGGACUUUGUGGAGCUGUCAGGGAAUGCUACUUGAAACUAUUUGUGUUUGCUGGUCUCCUAAUUGCCGUCUUGCUGGUUUCUCUGUUGGUUCAUCUGUUCAUGUUACCACCCGAAGAUGAUGUGCAGGAGAAGAUGCUAUUCCCAAAUCACCAUAUGCAAAAGACCUUCGGAAUAGAUAAACGAAAUAUAGAAAAUAUAUCCGUGUAUUCGAUGAAAAUAUGGGAUAACGCUCACCGGAAGUUCAAGUGUUGUGGACUGAAUGGACCCAAUAGUUGGUUAGAAAUGAACAGGAGUAUCCCUCAAAGUUGCUGCCACUUCAAAGAUAACUCAUCAGAUCCUAUCUCGGAGUUUUGCAAAGGAAGUAAUUAUGGAGAGUACGUCUACUCGAAGGGAUGUGCAAAGUUCCAGAAAUACGAGGCAUGGAAGGGUUCCAUAGCUUCUCCGUCUGGGUCUGCCGUUGAGGGCCCGCCGGAUGAAGCAAGCAAUAUAACUAUGGUAACAAUCAUUCGAACUGCAGGAUACUUCAUCCAGUUGGCUGCUGUGGUUUUAGCCAUUUGGCUUGGAAUACUGAUUCUACUUUCUUACCAUUGUGGAUAUUACUAAGCUUCCAAAGAUAAACAAAACCAAGAGGAGAAAUAUAAAACGAGCAACCUAUUUAUAGUUUGUGCCCUGGGGAUUCAAGUUAUAUCCGUUUUUUUCAUUAUUAUACCGCUGUAAUUUUUGCAUAGUAUCAUUUUAAACAUACACGUCUACAUUCUU